AUGGGGCUUCGCCACAUCGGCGCGAGAACUCAGCUUCCGGCUGGCCAUCUUGGGCGUAGAGCUCUUGCCCGAGGCUUUGCCGUAACUGUGAAAGACGUUCUGUUCCUAGAGUUGAAAGAAGUACUCUCAAGUGGGGGAUCGCGGCGGCCACGUGCGUGUUCCCGGGCAUCGCGGAGCCUGGGACAAGCCCUCUCCGCCUUCCCCAGCGCCCCAGAGCUCGGCAGGGACGCGCCCGGCUGGAGGCUCAGCCUGCAUUCCUUUGUCGACCGGGAUGCCGAGGGGGAAGCCCGCCCCUGUCUCAGUCCCCCCAAAGAGUCUUGA